AUCUGUUGGAGCUAUUCCUAACUGUCUUGUAGAUGGUGUCACUGGCAAUCCUCUGGGCGGUAGUUUUGGCAGCAUUUUCAAGGACCCGCAACUCAUUCAGAAGCUUGCUGCGAAUCCCAAGACGAGCAAAUUCCUCGGCGACCCAAGCUUCAUGAUGAAGAUCCAGCAGAUGCAGAACGGUACUGGUGGCGCCCAGGAUAUGUUGCAAGAUCCCAGAAUGCUUCAAGUUCUAGGUGUUCUCAUGGGAGUUGAUAUUAACAUGAUGGGUGCUGAUGGUGGUAUGCCUGAUUUCGGAGGUGAACCAGGCUCUGCUUCAAGAGAAGCUGAAGAAGAUGUCCCAAUGCCAGAUGCUCGUCCAAGCUCCUCAAAGCCGGAAAAGGCACCAGAGCCCGAGCCAGCACCAGAGCCAAUGGACGAGGAGGCUGCUGAGAAGGCAAAGGCUAAGGCAGCUGCUGAAGAGGAGAAGAAACUUGGUACGGAGAACUACAAGAAGAAGAAUCUCGACCAAGCUAUCAUCCACUACAGCAAGGCCUGGGAGCUGUAUAAGGAUAUCACCUACCUCAACAACCUUGCAGCUGCCUACAUGGAGAAGGGAGAAUACGAUGAAGCCAUCAAUGCCUGUGAGAAGGCGGUCAUAGAAGGCCGAGAGAUCUACGCCGAUUUCAAGAUCAUCGCCAAAUCCUACGCUCGUAUCGGUACAUGUUACGAAAAGAAAGGUGAUCUUGCCAAAGCAGUCGAGAACUACCAAAGAUCUCUCACCGAGCACCGAACUCCAGAAGUGGUCACCAAGCUCCGCGCCGCCGAGAAGAACAAGAUCGAGGGUGCAAGACAAGCUUACAUCGACCCCGAGAAAGCUGAAGAAGCCCGUGAGCUCGGUAACGCCAAGUUUAAGGAGAUGGAUUGGCCUGGUGCGGUCGCGGCGUACAGCGAGAUGGUUAAGCGAGCUCCUGAUGAUCCACGAGGAUACAGCAAUCGUGCCGCGGCGUUCAUCAAGCUUCUUGAAUUCCCGAGUGCGAUUGAUGACUGUGCUCAAGCCAUCAAGAAGGAUCCUAAGUUCAUUAGAGCUUAUCUGAGGAAGGCCCAAGCUUAUUUCGGCAUGAGAGAAUACUCGAAGUGUCUGGAUGCUUGUACGGAGGCUACGGAGGUGGAUGUCACCAAGGCGAACGCGAAGGAGAUUGAGCAACAACAGCAGAAGGCUUUGAGUGCUAUGUAUAGUGCGCGAGAGAACGAGACGGAGGAACAGACCAAGGAGAGGAUUAUGAAGGAUCCUGAGAUCAUGGGUAUCAUGCAAGAUCCAAUCAUGCAAUCCAUCCUCCAGCAAGCACAAUCCGACCCAGCUGCUCUGCAAGAACACAUGCGGAACCCUGGCGUCAGAGACAAGAUCCAACGUCUCAUUGCAGCUGGCGUGAUCCGUGUUGGCAGAUGAGCGAUCUAAGAGCUCGGGAUCAACAUAACGGCUACGAGAAAGAGAUAACGGUAAGACAUAGCAAGGCAAGAUUCAAUAAAUGGCUAAUGUUUUCCGGUCUGGAUCGAGGAGAUGUACUUUAGGUCUUGCUGAGUUUUUAGCGUAGUCGUUAAUCAAUGCAUUGCGGUGGAAACUUUCUCCCUAUUCUAUA